ACUGUAUUAUCAUCAUCGUUGUAGACUAGUAGUCAACUGAAGUAUUAAUUACGUGUCUUAUAGUAAAUGUAACCUCGCGUUUUUAAACUUAUUAUUUUUGCCAUCUCAGAAAAGGUAAUAUGUGAUGAUUUCUACAAUAACAGUGAUGACAUAACCACUUAUGUUCGGUCGUUAGAUGAAGAAUUAUUAAGAAGAUUGUUAAUAUUUAGUCUAAUAAAUUGUGAGUUGCAUACCGCAAAGUAUACCACUUUCACUUUAAAGAUACCGGUUUAACAGCGUGUGAAAAUUGUAUAAUGACAUUGAAGAAAAUAAGAACAUACACAUUAUGAUGGCUUAUGCGAAAAUAUUACUAAUAAGUCUGAAGAUUUUACUUAUAUCUUAAGGACAUAAUUAGUCAUGCAUUCUAAUUUACUCAUACAGGCUUAUAUAAAUCAUGAAGGAGUGGAGAUUGGUCGUGCUACUUUGCACGGCCUUGUUGUUCGUGCCAGUUGUUCGACCUCAAGAAAAAUGGAGUCGACCAGAGAUAGCUGACAAACGAGUUGAUGACUGGGUUCCAAUUACAGCUUCCUGUCCAUCUUGUCGAAAAAAUUUAGAGCCUAGUGAAUCUAGUAGUGUUGACGAAAUUGGGAGUUUAUUAAAUCCACCUGCACUGCCUGCAGCAGGAGCAAGAAGUCUUUUCAAUUUUAAUUCCCAACAAAAUCAGUUCAAACGUGCGCCAUCUGGAGAACCUUACGAAGUCACUCCACCUCCGCAAUUUGCACAGUCACAGCAACAACAACAAUUUUUCAGCCCUCAGCCUUUCCCUAAAAUAUCACAACCUGUACAUUUCCCAUUACCUUUCUUUGGUCAACAAAAUCCAUUUCAAAAUAGAUUCCAAGCUAGUUUUCAACCACAGUUUACUUUUUUGCCACAACAACAACCUCAACCUCAACCUAUAGCCAAAGAAAAUAAAGUUACAUUCCCUGAAACUCCAUUCAAUCAACAACCCAAUAAAGGUAUGGUUCAGCUUGUAUAUGUACCUAUUGAAGCUUUACAAAGACAAAAACCUAGAUUCCAAUCAGAUAGACCUGUUUCACAACAGUCUACUUUAGAUACAAAACCACAAGCAUCAUUCGACAGUGACAAGUUACGAUUCCAAAGACCACCACUCCCAGUAGAGCAAACUAAAAACCGAUUCCAAUUAGGACAAGACCCUGGACGUUUUCAAGUACCUCCACAAACAUUUGCUCCAGAGACAAAUCGUUUCCCGACACCACCAUCGGCGCCAUCUUUUAUACAAGACUCUGGACGUUUGCCUUCACCACCGGCUGAACAAAAUGUUGGCCGUUUUUCUGCGCCCUUACCAUCAUUUGAACAGGGAAUCAAUACUUUUUCUCCGUCACAAUCUUUUGAACAGAAUACUGGAAAUUUCAUCCCACCAUCUCAAAUAUUUAAUCAAGAAAAACCAGCAUUUAUUACUCAAACAAAAGACUCUCGGCCACAACAGUUCUUGCCCCAAAAUGAACAAUCCACUUCACCUUUAUCUUUUCAAUUUUCUGAAGAUGCUAGAAAUCCUCCUUCUAAUAUCUUCCAAUUUCAUAGUCGAUUCCAAAAACCACAAAUACAAGAAGAAAAUCCUAAAGAAACGCAAUCUCAAGUACAACAAAAAUUUGUACCUAAUUUCGAGGAUUCCUCAAAAGAGUCAUCUCAAAACGUAGUUCCCGUGUUUGAUAGUAGUCGUCCAACUCAAGAGGCUCCACAAAAUGUUAUUCCGAAUUUUUUGAAAGAUAAACCUAGAACAGAACAGUCACCACAAUUUAUACCUAUUAACGACGAUCAAUCGUUGAGAUCACAACAACAAUUACCUGCUAAUUUCCAAGAUAGGCCACCUCAGGAUACAGCACAGCAAACACUCGUUCCUAAUUUCGAGUUUAGGCCAAGACCAGAAAAUCAAGAAUUCAUACCAAAUUUCCAAGAUACAAGACUGAAGCAAGAAUCUGUAUCGCAAACUUUUUCACCAGGUUUUGAAGAUAUAAGACCAAAACCUAGACCAAAAGUACAAACUUCAACAUUCCCUACACCGCCACAAAUUUUCAGCUCUCCAAAUUCAAUAGAAGAAACAUUUACACCUACUACAUAUCCUCCUGCCCAUCAACCACCACUUUCUGUUUACAUGGAAAAACGUCUAGAUAACAAAGUAAAUGAAGUACUUUCUAUAUUAAAAGAUGCUAAGACAAUUCCUGUACUAGAUACAAUUGGCGAUCAUUCACCAAAAGUAUUUGUUGGUCCCUCUGAUCUCGAUGCGCCAAGAGGUUAUGUAAAAUUUGAGUUGCCUUAUUUGUCUUCUCUCGACAUUUCAAAAAUUGAAACUAUGGUUGAUAGUUUACCUUUUUUCGUCGCACCACUUAAUUUCAAACCACCAAUUGGUUAUUCUAAAAUACCAUUCCCUCCUCCUCAUAUAGGAUCAGUAGUUGUGUCUUCUAAAUCACCUGCUGUCGUAACAACAUCCACAGAAUUUGUGCCCUUCACUCUUACGCCUCAGUUGCCUACGGAAGUUAAUUCGUUAAAACCGAUUUCUAGUACCCAACGAGAGUUUGCACCAAUAGAAAGAGUAAAGCCAACUACAACUGUUAUAUCUCCUACAAAAAGAAAUCGUCAAAGGAAACCUAUUCAUAGAGGCUCGUUGACUAGUUUUAGUACAACUACACCCUUAAAUGACGUACCAGAGUCUCAAAGAGAUCAGUUCACAACUCUUUCUGAAUUACAGCGAUUACCUGAAAAUAUUCAAUCAACAGUACAAUAUCAGUUUGUAGAAAAUACGCCAACGCCUAUUGAACAUCAAUUCUCUGAUUUCCCAAAGAAGUCAAUCGAACAACAACAACAAUCUGUAUUUGAAUCUUCACCAACGCCAGUUCAGAAAUUUGAAACAAAUCAACCCCAGUUCUUUUCGGAACAACAGGUUCCACAACAAUUUUCAGACACCGUACCACAAUUAAACCAACCACAAUUUUUCGGUUAUCAAGAACAGCCACAAUCUAUUGACCAAUCACAAAAAAAUCAACAAACCUCCUUGGAAAAUCAACAACAACCAGUUCAACAGGAAUUAUUUGAUAAUGUUUCGCAAUUUGUUACCGAAGAAACUUUAAAAACUCAAUCAGUACCCGAAGUUAGUACUCAAGAGCCCGUUCAGCAACAGUUCCUACCAAGUACGACAGAGAAACAAGUUCAUAAAAAUUUUCAAAGUGUACAAUCUCUUUCCCAGUAUAAUCCGCAUAAAAACCAAGUGCAACACCCAUCUACUACUGAGCAAGUACAAACAGCUUCCCCUAUAUCUCAAACUCCAUCAGACGAACCUCAACCAGCCGUUUCUACGGGAUUACCAAAAUAUAGACAACGUUUGUCAUACUACGACAAAGUAAUUUUAUCUUCGACGGAAUCUCCAGUUGAAAGUACUAGUAUUCAAAAUACUAUUGAAACUAGUGAAAAACCAAGAGAACGUCAAAAAUUAAGACCCAGACAAAGAUUAACUACGACUAGACGUCCGUCAUCUGAAUCGAAACCGUCCGAAGAAAACUCUGAACAUGUAACAGAAUCUUCUUCUACACAAAGGUAUAACCCUUUAAGAAGGCGCCGUCCAAUAACUUCAACAGAAGCCUCCGAACCUGCAACUAGAAGUUCAUUUAGGUCUAGAACCACUCAAGCAAAUAGGCCAGAUUUUGUACGAUCAAGGUCAAGAAGACCAUUAAGUACAACCACCACUACUACAACAACUACUGAAAUCCCACGGACAGAACAAUACGAGAAUAGCAAUGAUGUUCAGACAAAUGGACAAGACGAACAAAAAAAAAUCGAAGAAGCGGCUUCAUUUUGGAAUGAACCUGUAACUAUACAGCAAAGUCAAGGUUACGAAUUAGGUUCGUAUACAUCUGAUGGCUCUAAGUUUAGUAGCGGAGAACCUCCUUCAGAUGAAGUUAUAACAAAAGAAAAGCAUAACGAUAAAAAAGCUUAUGACCCUAAUAAUGAGAAAAAAACACCUGGUAGGCGAGGCCAUUGGGUGAGAGUUAAGGUAAAGAAACCGCAAGAUAACUUAGAUACAGCAGAAUCACAAAAUUCGUUGGGACCAUUAUCGGCAAAUGCUAUACAUGAAAUGAUUACUAAGCCAUCAGCUCCUGCUGAGAAUAAUUUUCCUUCAUCAGCUAUGUCUGAACUAACAACAACAACAACCACUAAAACUACUACUAGCCUUCCACCCACAUCUUCAGAGUCCACUGCAUUUACUACUGUUAGUCCACCAUUAACUACAACUAUGAUGUCUGAGUACACAAUGGAAGGUGUAACCGAAUAUCACCCAGCUGAAACAACCAUGAUUUUAUCAUCAUCUACUAGUGCACCCAUAAAAAAUGUUGAUGACGAACAAGAUGAGGUAUUCCAGCGGAAUUUGGCUGAUAUGCUGGCUAAGUUUAUUAAUAAUCCACAACAAGAUCAGCAUCAACUACAAGAAACAAGUAUGGCGCCUACUAUAGUCGAAGAAAUUACUUCAGAAAGGUUGGACGAGAUCGACAUGGAUACAACCGUACCUCCUACAACUACUGUCACGGAAAUACUUAACAGCGAUCAGAUCACUUCUACUACAACUAAAGUAUCCGUGGAGACUGAAAUAUGCUAUAAGGGUAGGUGUGUGAAGAGUCAAAAAAACAAAAAAAUUACCGACCUGUUACCCGAGCCAUGAACAAAAAUAUAACAAAUAUUUUUCAUAGUAUUUAAACACUGGAUAGUUUAAUUAUUUUAAGUAAAAAUAAAGAAAAUGUUUGUAAAUAAUAUCAUUGUAUUGACAUUAGUAUGUCAAAUAAAUGUAAACUGAAUCCUUGAAAGAUUCAGGUUUGCGUUCGAUAUAAAGAAACAAAUCAUCUAAAUUGGACUUCCAAUACAAAUUUGAAUAUACUGAUGAUAUUCAUGUGGAAAUCUGUGCCAACAUAAAAAAAUGCGUAUUAAUUAUUUUGUAAAUAUUAUAUCUAUAGUAAUAUACAUUAGUCAAUUAUGAAUUAUUUAUUUGUUAUUUUUACGCAUGUUUAAUUUAUAUAAUUAAAUAAUUUUGUACUACACUGUUUAAUAACAAAAACAUUAAUUAGAUAUUUUCUUGUCUAUUACUUUUUUUUAUGAUCACGAUACUUUGAUUAUUAUUGUGUAGUUUGUAAAGCACUAUUAUUAUCAUAUAAAAAUUAUAUACGUUUUUAAGCGUAUUUUAUAUCAUAUUUGUGUUUUCGACUAUAAUAUUAUGUAUUUUACAAUAAAGUAUAUUUGUACAGUUA